UGGACACAUGGUCACCUUACUCACGAUCAUCAUCAACUGAGACCAGUAUUAGAACUGGGCACUAUUACAGAUAAUUUGUAUUUUCUUCUCAUCUUUCUCCGCAGUGCUGAUUAUUUAAUACUUUAAUUGCACAGAGAAGGAAGGAGAGGAAAUCAAGAUGGCACUUGCUAAAGAAAUCAUGGGGAGUUCUUUGAUAGAUAAAUCAUCAUUUGUAUCAAUGUCAUCUAAAGUGCUCUUUAACCAUAGUUUUCAUCAAGAGAAUCAGUUCUUAGUGAAACCAGUUUUGGUGCCUCUGCAAUACGGAAAGCUUAGUGUAAAAAGAGCUGUGAGAGGUCCUGUUGCAGCUAUCAGUGAAGAUUUGAUCAAGGCUAAUAGUAGUAGUAAUACUGUGCCUGAAAACGCAGUGAAGUUUAAGGUGAGAGCUGUUGUCACCGUGAGAAACAAGCACAAGGAGGAUUUGAAGGAGACCAUUGCCAAGCACUGGGAUGCUUUUGCUGAUAAGAUUGGGCGAAAUGUUGUUUUGGAGCUCAUUAGUUCUGAAGUUGAUCCAAAAACCAAGGAACCAAAGAGAAGCAAGGAAGCUGUGUUAAAGGACUGGUCCAAGAAAACAAAUGUUAAGGCUGAGAGGGUCCAUUAUGCAGCUGAAUUUCUAGUGGAUUCCAAUUUUGGGGAGCCUGGAGCAAUCACAGUGAGCAACAAGCACCAGAAGGAGUUUUUCUUGGAGACUAUCACCCUCGAAGGUUUUGCUUGCGAUCCAGUUCAUUUCCCUUGCAACUCCUGGGUACAAUCCAAGAAAGAUCAGCCUGCAAAAAGGAUAUUUUUCUCUAACAAGCCAUAUUUACCAAGCGAGACGCCUGCUGGACUAAAAGCAUUAAGAGAAAAAGAACUAAAAGAUAUCAGGGGUGAUGGCAAAGGAGAGAGAAAAUUAUCAGACAGGAUUUAUGACUUUGAUGUCUACAAUGAUUUGGGAAAUCCUGACAGGGGUGUUGAGCUUACCAGGCCAAAACUGGGAGGUAAAAACAUUCCAUAUCCAAGACGGUGUCGCACUGGCCGUCGUCCCACUGAUACAGAUAUAAAUGCAGAGAGUCGUGUAGAGAAGCCCUUGCCAAUGUAUGUACCUAGAGAUGAACAAUUUGAGGAGUCUAAGCAAAAAACAUUCUCAGCUGGGAGGCUUAAGGCAGUGCUUCACAGUCUAAUACCAUCCUUAAAGGCCACCAUUUCUUCUGAGAACCGCGACUUUAAUGCGUUUUCAGACAUUGAUAUUCUCUACAAAGAGGGGCUGCUUCUUAAAGUAGGGCUUCAAGAUGAAAUCUGGAGAAGUCUACCAUUGCCAAAGGCAGUUACCAAGAUUCAAGAAUCUAGUGAGGGACUUCUCAGAUAUGACACACCAAAGAUUAUUUCGAAAGACAAGUUUGCCUGGCUGCGAGAUGAUGAAUUUGCCCGUCAAGCACUCUCAGGGGUUAACCCUGUCAACAUUGAGAGGUUGAAGAUUUUUCCACCAAAAAGCAAUCUUGAUCCUGAAAUCUACGGUCCACAGGAAUCUGCUCUUAAAGAAAAGCACAUUAUUGGCCAUCUGAAUGGCAUGUCUGUUCAAGAGGCCCUCGAGGAAAACAAACUGUUUGUAUUGGAUUAUCAUGAUGUUUAUCUCCCAUUUUUGGACCGCAUUAACGCCCUUGAUGGUAGAAAAGCAUAUGCAACUCGUACCAUAUUCUUCUUGACCCCUCUUGGUACACUCAAGCCCAUUGCUAUGGAGCUUAGUCUCCCAUCAGUCAGACCAAAUUCCCAGUCAAAGCGAGUAGUUACACCUCCGGUAGAUGCGACUACAAACUGGAUAUGGCAACUUGCCAAGGCUCAUGUUUGCUCCAAUGAUGCCGGGGUUCAUCAGCUAGUUAAUCACUGGCUACGUACACAUGCCAGCAUGGAGCCAUUUAUACUAGCAGCACAUAGGCAAAUGAGUGCAAUGCACCCCAUAUUUAAGCUUUUGGAUCCACAUAUGAGAUACACCCUAGAGAUCAAUGCCUUAGCCCGCCAAAGUUUAAUCAAUGCUGAUGGUGUUAUUGAAUCCUGCUUCACUCCUGGCCGCUACUGCAUGGAGAUUAGUGCUGCUGCAUAUAAAAACUGGCGAUUCGACAUGGAAGGCCUUCCUGCUGAUCUCAUUCGCAGGGGUAUGGCUGUACCUGACCCAACACAACCUCAUGGCCUGAAGCUUCUGAUCGAGGACUAUCCAUAUGCUCAAGAUGGGCUUCUAAUCUGGUCUGCAAUAGAGAACUGGGUCCGCAGCUAUGUGAACCGGUAUUACCCAAAUUCAAGUCUAAUUUGUAAUGACAAAGAGCUGCAAGAUUGGUAUGCCAAGUCCAUCAAUGUGGGCCAUGCUGAUUUCAAACAUGCAGAAUGGUGGCCCACAUUAAACAAUGUUGAUAAUCUUGUUUCAAUCCUCACCACCAUCAUUUGGCUUGCAUCUGCGCAACAUGCUGCCCUCAAUUUUGGGCAGUAUCCUUAUGGGGGCUAUGUGCCUAACAGACCACCUCUAAUGAGAAGAUUAGUCCCAGAAGAAAAUGACACUGAAUAUGCAAGUUUUGUAGCUGAUCCACAAAAGUAUUUCCUGUCAGCAUUGCCUAGUCUGUUACAAGCAACAAAGUAUAUGGCUGUGGUAGACACCUUGUCGACGCACUCACCGGACGAAGAAUACCUUGGUGAACGACAACAACCAUCGAUAUGGUCCGGUGAUGCUGAAAUAGUUGAAUCAUUUUAUGAGUUCUCAGCGAAGAUAAGACAGAUAGAGAAGGAGAUUGACAGAAGGAAUAGGGAUCCUAACUUUAGGAACCGAUGUGGCGCAGGGGUCUUACCAUAUGAAUUACUAGCACCUAGCUCAGAACCAGGGGUAACAUGUAGAGGCGUACCAAAUAGCGUGUCAAUAUGAGUCAAAAUGACACCUAAAUUUCAUGCAUUCAGUUGCCUCUGUAGUUAAAUAUGCCUUUGAAUUGGUUGAAAAUUACAGUUAGUUCUAGGUAUAAGACCAUUCUUCUAUAAUUGUAUCUGCAUAUUGUGUCACUGUAGGGUGCACUUAGUGGCACAUUUAACAUAGGAUUGUAUAUGCAAUAGGGUGCAAUAAGCAUAGCUCUAUAUGAUAAUCUUAUGCUAAUAUGAAAGAGAGA